CGGUACAACGCAUUUCUGGACCACCCGCUGUCAGCGGCUUGUCAGCAUGGCCAUGGCGCCAGAGCUGCGCGGGGAUGCGGAAGCCAUGCAGCAGCUGCUGGAAGAUGAGCAGCUAGGCGCUGCACUGCGCCGGCCUUACCGGCCCCACUGGCUCCACCUGGGCUGGAUCGCUUCCACCGCCGGAGCCACUGUCAAAGGCAUCCCAAUCCCUCGAACUUGGAGAGAUUCUGAGGAGAAGAAGUUCACGUUGAAGGAUGGUGGCACGGUGUCUCUUGAUUGGUGGCAGGGACAACACACGGAUCGUCCAGUGGUUUUGGUGCUACCUGGUAUGGCCAAUAGCAGCCGGAGCAUUUACAUCCGCUAUACGAUGGCACGCUUGGCGGAGGCAGGCUUCCAAGCUGUGGCCAUGAAUUAUCGGGCUGUGGAGCACUUGGAGAUCACAUCUCCACAUAUCGGCUGUGCAGACACAUGGAAGGAUCUGCCUGAAGUCUUAGAUGUCAUUGAGGCUGAGUGCCCUGCGCAGCCGAUCUUCGCCAUGGGCUUCUCCAUGGGGGGCACGAUCCUGACCAAGUACUUGGGCGAAAAUGGCCAGCAAUCCCGCCUCCGUGCGGCAGUGGCCGUCAGCUGCCCAUUGGCCUACCCUGCCCACCAAGCAGAGCUGGAGAAACGAAAGUUCCUCAGUUUCUUGAUGGCCCAGCCCUUGAAGCUUUGGCUCUUCAAGAAGCGAGAGCAGAUCGCCAAGCUCUGGCCCCACUGUGAGAUGUCGCAGGUGAUGAUGAGCGGAUCGUUGCUGACCGUGGCUGGAUACUUCUUUGAGCAUCAAGGAUAUCACACUGUCUCCGACUACUUCCUGCAGAAUGACCCCGAGCCCGUCUUGCAGCGUAUUGCUUGCCCACUGCUGAUCCUUGGUGCCAAAGAUGAUCCCUUGAUGAUGCCUGUGCCGCGGGAGACCAUCGCGCAAAAUAAGCGCCUGAUUCUGGUGGAGACUGAAGAUGGCGGACAUAUGGGAUGGGCGGGCAAGGGCACGCUUGGGCCCCAAAUCUUCGGGUCCUCUUGGGCUGAUGGCUUGGCGGCGCGUUUCCUGGCCUUCCAUGCCAAGAUGCCAGUGCUCCGCUCACGUCUCUGAGCAACAAUUUUCCAUACAGCUAUGGUUGUUUUUGGAGCCAGACAAAGGCUACUAAAUAGACAAAAAAUGUGGAACGGCUUGGAAGUGUUCCAAUUCCGCAGCUUGUUUGGCUAACAAGUUAGUGGCACCUGUAAGGGCUUGCUACACAACUUGAGCCACCUGAAAAGCAUGGCUGAAGGGCAAAGGACGGUUGCUCUUGUGUUUUUUUGCUUUGUUCAAAGAGGAACAAAGGCUUGAAGGAAGUGGCAUUUUUUUCUCCUCACGAACAUCUUGGUCUCAGUAGGGUUGAUUGUGAAUUGGGACAAACUGCGGCCUUGUCCCUUUGCCAUUCAAGAGACGUGAUCUGAAUUUGAAGAUCUGCAACACACAUUUCUCGAAUUGACAAUGCCAAAGUUCUCAACAGGUGAGGCCCGACUAUCCUCUCUAGCGAAGACAUCACGCCGUGG